CAACGUGCAUGCAUAUGUACAAGCACUAUAACUAGUAUGGCAUGCUGAUCAAGAUAUAAUUAUAGAUUUUUUUUUUUAAUGUUGAAACAAUUGAUCUGAAUGUUUAUGUACAAGUUGGGCAUCCUGGAACCGGUGGGCUCACCAUUAACCAUGGUCCAGCGGCAUCCGCCUGUUUUCUUUGCCGAUCUUGCGACUCGUCUCCGGCCGACCGAUUAAAGUCGACGCCCAGCUGAGCGGUGGAUAGAGUGGUGGUGGUGUUGGCGGUUGCGGUGGAAGCCAUGGUGGUCUCGUCGGCCACCAACUCUUGGGCCAAAGAAAUGGCCAUCCGAAGGAGGAUCGCCAACGUAUUUAAUAAAAGGGAGGAGGACUUUCCUUCUUUGAGAGAGUACAAUGAUUAUUUGGAAGAAGUUGAGGAUAUGACUUCCAACUUAGUUGAAGGAAUAGAUGUAGCUGCAAUUGAAGCUAAGAUAGCUAAAUACCAAGAAGAAAAUGCUGAACAAAUAAUCAAUGCUAGAGCUCGUAAGGCUGAAGAACUAGCAGCAGCACUCAGGGCAGGCCGGGAAAAUCCUAUAAAGACAGAUCUUGCUGAUGUGGGUGCUGGACAAAGUUCUCAAGGCGUUAGCGGUGGCAUUGGUGUGCAAGGGCAGUAUGCCCCUGCAGCUGUCCUGGGCGGUGGGCUGGCACAGCCACGUCCAACAGGCAUGGCUCCACAACCUGUCCCUGUUGGAGGACCAGCUGAUCCCCUGCAGGGCUAUGCGGUUGACGAUGAGGAAGCGAUGAAGUUACGAGCAGAGAGAGGAGCCAGAGCUGGAGGAUGGACCGUUGAACUGGGCAAGAGGAGGGCAAUUGAGGAAGCAUUCAGCAGCAUUUGGAUAUAAAUUUCUGGACAAGACAGAAUUGGUCCGGGAAAGCAAGCAUUCUACCAGACAAAAGAAUGAACUAUAAAAUGUGUUUGCAUGUUAUAAAUUCACCAGAACUAACAGGCCUAUUCAAUGAUAAAUUUUUUUGUAUCCCACCGGAAGAGAGAAUUCUGAGGUUGUGGCAAAGGUUUGUUGUGGUUCAGUGACAAAUUGGUUGAAGUAUUGUAGUUUUGUUGUCACAGUUAAUUCAAAAUGAAAUUUUUAUUCUACAGGUA